GAAAGUCUGACAUCACUUUGGUUUUGCUCUGCACUCCGUCAGGACGAGGGCUAGAGGUGUGUAUCCCUGAGACGGUCAGGUUUUCCCAAGAACAAACAACCUCUCACCACAAAAUCCCUCCCUCUCUUUGCCCCAAAGAAGAAAUAUUUAAAAUCUUUACUCUCCAAGGCACCUUCUCCUCUCUUUCUCUCUCUCUUUUUUUUGUGGGUGUGAAAGCAAGCCAAAUUCCAUUUCCACCCAGUGACAUCUGAUCAAAUGAAGACAAAUCUAAAAAGGCAAAGCCGUUGGCGAAAGUUGGAGAAGAGAAGCUUGCAUUUGUAAUCAUCCCAAGUUUAUUCACUUCACCCCCCACCCCCUUCAUUAUUCCUCUUCCUUUUUCUUUUCUUUUCCUGGAAUGGAUUUAUCAGCCACGGAAGGACUCCACAUUUUGAAACCUUAAAUUUUUAGACCUCAGGGAAAAGUUGGGUUUCGUUUCCUUUCGCCCCCCCCCAACCUCCCACAAACCAGUCGACGGAAUGGGCUUGUAUGGAUGAUUAGAAAAUACCCUUUGGAAAAAAAAAGAGAAGACGACCAGAUGAUGAUGGAGAACUGGAAGUUUUAUUAUUAAUGAUAUUAUGAUUACCGUGACCUGAGAUUUCAUCCCAGCGUGUUUUCUGGUUUGAAUGAGACGAAGGAUCAUGGCAAAUUGGCUGGUGCAACUUUGCUAUCUCUUUUUGUGGAUUUUAUUUCAGGUUUACAGGACUCAUACUUGGCCACAAAAACAUCCCGGUUUCCGUGUUCUCGCUCAAGCAUCGCAUUAUUGGCCUCUGGACACCGUAGAAGGAAUCCAUGAAUUAAAGGACACAGACGGAGCGCUAAGAUCCCACAGCUUCACUGUGCUUCAUUACCAUAAUUCUACUUUUGUUUAUACCAAUGAUUCUGCCUACUCUAACUUCUCCGCGACCGUAGAUAUCGUAGAAGGAAUUGUAAACAAAGGUGUUUAUAUCCCAAACAUCAAGGGAGCAACCUUUCUCCUUUUCGGAAAUAAUCAAAACUCUUGCAUUAUUAACCAAGAAUUCUGUGAGCCUGAAGGUUUAACUUUUUCCUUUUUCUGGAAGACUCAGGGGUAUCGGCUGAAGCCUGUCCCGGUAUACCGGGAUCAGGUGCUUUCUAAUAGAUUUAAAGUCUUCUUUGGCGAACACAAAGGCUCCGUGGAAAUUUUCAAUCAUCAGACGUCCAAGAAGUGGACAGCAAGUUUCAUUUCGCCAGGUCCCCAUUGGACUCAUGUCCUGUUUACUUGGAAAUCUAAAGAGGGCCUGAAAGUCUACAUCAACGGGACUUUGAAGAACGUUGAUCCUCAUGGGCAAAAUGUCUACAACUAUGGGGACUCCAAUUCCAACUUGUUGAUGGGCUCCGAAGGCCAUCAAGGGAAACGCUACAUCCAGGGCGCCUUUGAUGAAUUCAUCAUGUGGGAACGAGUGCUCACCGCCAAUGAGAUCAAGCAAUAUUUCACAGCUGCUAUCGGUAACCAGUCUCAGCUCCCUUCGACAUCUCCCUGGGGAUGGCAAACAAUGGCCACAGUUCCCGUGCUUUCCGUAAAUGCCUACCAAUCCAUCAUAAUUAAUCUCACAGAGGGAAAACGUAGCAUCCAGGACCCAUAUGUCGUGUUGGACUACCUGAAAAACAUUUCAAAUGCCAUGCCUAACGAAUCUCUCACAGCAAAUACUGCCUACAAUCUGACUGAGGUUUUCUUUAAAGUAGUGGAAGGAGUUCUUAAGAUACCUGUUUGGAUCAGCAUGAACCAGACAGCGUCCCUUGCUGGAGGACUUGUUUCCACCAUCGACAGUGUGACAUUGCACGUUGCGCGCAAUCUAGGAGGAAACCCUUCAACCAUCACAGUCCAAGGCACUUCACCCGUGGCAGAUUAUUCCCUGGUUAAAAUGCCUCCCCAGCUCCCGAAUGUGCCUCAGUAUCGCUUCCCGUUACAAGGACAAAGUUACAUUUCUAUACCCAGAGAAGCUUUCCAAUAUUCAGCCUGGAUUACAAUUGUGGGUCUCUUCUACCAUUCCAUGCAUCAGUACUUCAAUAGCAUCAAACCGUUGGACACCAAAAUUCCUGAAGCUGCUGCCUGCAAGGAGUGUAUGAUUUUUGCUACCAGCUAUCUUAUCUCCUUGACAGUGGAGCCACCACCAACUCUGUCUCACAAUCUGUCAAGCUCUCCCCUCAUCACCAUCCAUAUGAAGCAUCAACUGACGCCCCUCCAGUACAGCCAAGCCACGAACCAAAGUAAUCAAGUGAGACUGUAUUGUGCCUUUCUGGAUAACAGAAACGGAAGCGGUGUUUGGUCCAACCAAGGCUGUGUGCGUGAUGGGGGUGACCUCAACUAUUCCACCUGCCUGUGCAACCAUCUCACCAACUUUGCCAUUUUGAUGCAAGUGGUGCCAUUAACGCUAACCAUCGGACACAAGGUGGCAUUGUCUUCUAUCAGUUACAUAGGAUGUUCUAUUUCCAUUUUCUGCUUGACUAUCACGCUGGUCACGUUUGCAAUUCUGUCCUCUGUCAGUACCAUCCGCAACCAGCGUUAUCACAUCCAUGCCAAUCUUUCCUUUGCUGUCUUGGUGGCUCAGAUCUUGCUCCUUAUCAGCUUCCAGUUUGACCCUGGGACGGUGCCUUGCAAAAUCCUGGCAAUUCUCCUUCACUUCUUCUUCUUGAGCACUUUUGCUUGGAUGCUGGUGGAAGGGUUCCAUCUCUACAGUAUGGUGAUCAAAGUCUUUGGAUCUGAAGAGAACAAGCUCUUAUAUUACUACGGCAUUGGAUGGGGCUGCCCGUUCCUGAUCUGUGUCAUUUCAGCAACGACAUCUGUGGAAAGCUAUGGAGAAGUCAACAACUGUUGGCUGUCAUUGGAGAGCGGUGCUAUCUGGGCUUUUGUGGCCCCAGCUCUGUUCAUCAUUGUGGUUAAUAUCUGCAUCCUUAUUGCCGUGACCAGAGUAAUUUCGAGAAUAAGUGCUGAAAAUUAUAAGGUCCAUGGAGAGGCUAAUGCCUUCAAAUUGACAGCUAAGGCGGUGGCUGUUCUCCUACCUAUCUUGGGAAGUUCGUGGAUCUUUGGCAUCCUGGCAGUGAAUGACCGAGCUUUGGUGUUCCAGUACAUGUUUGCAAUAUUUAACUCAUUGCAGGGUUUUUUCAUCUUUCUGUUUCAUUGCCUCCUGAACUCAGAGGUCAGAGCUGCCUUUAAGCACAAAACGAAAGUGUGGUCGCUCACCAGCAGCUCCAUCCGCAACAUCAAUGUGAAAGCUUUCAAUUCUGAUAUCGUAACUGUGACCAAGCCCGCAACAACGCCAACCACACUCAACACUAGUGACAAAAGCAGUCAUUCUGGCAACAAGAUCGACCUUUCCGCCGUCUGACAUCUAUCCCUGUUGGCCCUUCCUUCUGAUACCCAGGCAAACCACAUCCUCAGGAUCUUCGAUUCGUUGCCUGACUACCUAUUACUCUCUGAGAAUUUGUUCACGUAGGAAGCACCUCUUUACUUCCUUCUAGCUAAAUUGAGGAGAGGCAGAAUUGCCCAUUGGACUGAAUCCAUACUUCCAGAUUUUUCUGGUCUUGGUGUGACCUCCUUUUGGCUGGGAGGACUAGCUAUGGAAUAGCCAAGUGAUAUUUUACACUGGAUGGUCAUCUAAGCACUGGCAGGGAUGAAGCUGAGGAAGAUUUGUGGGGAAGCUCCAAAGAUGCUUUUUCAAGAGGCAACUGGACUUCCCAGUGUUCUUUGAAGGCAUUUCACUUCUUAUCCAAGAAGCUUCUACAGCUCUGACUGAAUGGUGCACUCAGAUGUUGGUGGUAAACUUGUCCGCCCCAAGGAUAAAAUACCCAGACACAAACUGAGCAACAUUGUAUAUGCAGUAUAAUAUAGUAAGCCAUGUACAGAUCUGUACAUUGGGGAAACAAAACAACCACUUCAUAAACACAUGGCGCAACAUAGGAGAACAAACCCAUCAGGAAUAGAUUCAGCAGUCCAUCUGCAUUUAAAAGACAAAGGCCACUCUUUUGAAGACAGCAAAGUCCACAUUUUGGACAGAGAGGACUGCUAGUUUGAAAGAGGAGUUGAAGAGAUCAUCUAUGUCAAAACUGAACAGCCCUCUCUCAACAGAGGGGAAGGGAGACAACAUCAUCUAACUCCAGUGUACAACACAAUCCUUUCAAAAGUUCCAAGAAGGCUCCACACCCAUUUGCACUACUCAGGUGAUAUUGAGGACACGGACAAAACUCCAAGUGGCCUCAAUGACUCUCUAAAAGAAUGCAAAUGACCAGCUGUCUGCAAGGAGUAUAAAUCCUUCCAUUCCCCACCAUCCAAUCAUAGCUGAAGGAAGUUCUUGGAUGAGAAGCGAAAUGUCUUCAAAGAAAAAACUGAAAGUCCAGUUGCCUCUUGAAAAAGCACUUUUGGGACAACCGUGACCUGGGUGACUGAGAAUCUCCAUAGACAUUUGUGAGGAAGACAACUCCAGUAGACUCUCUGAAUCUGAAAUGCUAAAUUUUCUCAUGACACUAACGUUGAGGAGCUCUUGACCAGCUCUUUAUAUACCUAUGCAUUAGAUAGUUGAAGAAUACAAAGGAGAAGUUACACUAGGAAAUACCCAACUUCAAUCCCUGCAUUUGAAGCAAACACUGCAGAAGCAAAGACAAUGGAACCAAGCUCUGUUUUCUAAUCUUGGCCUGAAGACCAGCAGAAACAGCAGAUGUUAUAUUGGAGCCUCAAGUACAUCUGCUUGGUGGUUCUUCAGAUCAUCCUAACUAAUACUGGUUGUGAUGGACACCUGCAGCUUCAUAUCAUUGCAAGAAGCUUCUAUCUCACCUGGGGAAAACACUUGUACAGAACCCUCCCACCUUCCCAGAUGAGACUCUUGUGCCUCUGCUGAGUCCUGUUUGCAGACCGAAUUCUCCUUUGUUGAAAAUCACAGUUGCUUCGCUGUCCGUCUUGCCAGACAGAACAAAACUUGAAUGCCAAACAGCCACAUUCCUCCCCCUCAAAGCAAAACAAAAUAAAAAGAAACAACCAACCCACCUCUGCAGAAAUGAACAAGACAGAAAAAAAUGACUCUGAGAUGUCAACCAGGCUGCAGCUGGAAUUGGGUGAUUAUCCAUGGAUGUCAUUUUAAUUUUUUUUUUAUUCCUUUAUCCUGAUAAGCAAACGGUUGAGUUUUUCCAGCCGUGCAGCAGUGCUGUAGGCUUCUGAAAAGAAAAGCAACAUUUGGUUAGUUCAACCAAGGUCUCUCUGCCUCCCUUUAUGGAUUUCACUAGUUCUCUCGCUGAUCAAGUUCCAGGAACUUCCUAAAUAUAGUGUAUCUCGGCACUCUUAAGCACUAAAAGCUUGCUUUUUUAAAAGGAGGACGCAAACGGGACACAAAAAAGAGGAGAAGGGAGAGAAUGAGAGAGAGAAUGAAAGAGACAAUAGAGAAAGAAUGAGAGGAAGAAUGAGAGAGAAUGAGAGAGAAUGAGAGAGAGAAUGAGAAAGAGAGAGAGAAUGUGAGAGGGAGAGAGAAUAAGAGAGAGAAUGAGAGAAAGAGAGAGAGAGAGAGAGAUCAUUGUUGUGUGGAAGAUUACAGGCUUUUCAUACUAAUUCAAAUCCUAGCUUGUCCAAAUGAAGCUAGAAAGAUCUUGUCUGGUGGCCUGAAGAUAUAUUAUUAAGUCAUUGUAGAAAAUGACCCAACUUGGUUAUCUAUUGAAUUUGUCCUAGGAUAAUUGGUCUUUGUUAUCCUGGCCAUGAAAGGUAGGAGAGAGAGAGAGAGAGACUAAACCAAACCAGAAAUUCUCCCCUUCAUUUUAUGGGAUGGGGGUCUCCAUCUCAUAUAACUUCAUAGCCCCAUAACUUCCUGUCCUUCUUGACUUCUUGAUUUGAUGGAAUGUUAGUCUCCAUCUCAAGUAACUUCAUAGCUCCAUAACUUCCUGUCCUUCUUGACUUCUUGAUUUGAUGGAAUGGUAGUCUCCAUCUCAAGACCCAUAACUUCCUGUCCUCCUUUGAUUUCUUGAUUUGAUGGAGUGGUAGACUCCAUGGUAAACUCCAUCUCAUAUAGCUUCAUAGCUCCAUAACUUCCAGUCCUGUGCUUUCUUGAUCUUCACAGAAUGCAGAAAUUAUCCCUUGAUCUAGUCCCAUCUUUAGGCUACCUACCAAAUGAGGCAGAUUGUGGUCUGAUUCACCUGCAGAUAUGAUCUAAGCUCAGAAGUUUCGUAAUGACCCAUUAACUCCUCCUUCGCUGUCCUUUUUCCCUAUGGGUGUUCACCAUAAUUUAGGAGUACAUUGGCACUGUCACCCAGUAAAAAUCAUAGUAGGAAGGUCUAGUUUUUUGACUACCCUUAGAAUGGGGGGGGGGUUGGGUGUGCACAUUCCAGCUUGAACUAAUCAAGGUUAAAUUGAACUAAUCAUGGUUAAAAUUCACAAUGAUUUAGAUGAAACUUAACUCUGCUCUUACAGCCUGCUUACAACUGAAGGCUUAGCAGAUGCAUUCAUAAAGGUAAAUUUAUGUAUGCUAGUCAUUUCCAGCUCUAAGGGCAAUACUCAUCUCUGUUUCUAAGCCGAAGAGCCAGCACUGUCCGAAAACGUCUCCAUGGUCUUGUGGCCGGCAUGACUCCAUGCCAAAGGCGCAGAAAACCAAAGGUGGCCCCUAUUUUUCUACUUGCAUUUUUUAUGUGCUUUCGAACUGCUAGGUUGGCAGAAGCUGGGACAAGUAACGGGAGCUCACCCCAUUACGCGGCACUAGGGAUUCGAACUGCUGAACUACCGACCUUUCGAUCGACAAGCUCAGCAUCUUAGCCACUGAGCCACUGCGUCCUUACAUACAACAUGCGAAAUGUAGGGCAGUUCCAGUAGUGGGAUUCAAGUCAUUUAACAACCGGUUCUCUGCCCUAAUGAUUUCUUCCAACAACCAGUUUGCCAAACUGCUCAGAAAGUUAACAACCGGUUCUCCCGAAGUGGUGCGAACUGGCUGAAUCCCACCACUGGGCAGUUCCCAUUUAUGUUGAACAUUUUGUAUAAACCCAGAAGGUUAAGCUAAGUUCCAAAAUCAGGAUAAACAUGCUUACUUAUAAUAGUUCAAUUUUCAUUUCCUUCUAUGCAUUUAAAUACCCGUCUCUUAAGCAUUUAAAAAAUUUAAAAACCUUUCAAACACCAGAUUGGGUUUAGAGUAAGAAGACACUCUAUUAAGAAUCCUACUUUCAGAACUUUUUUUUUUAAAAAAAGAAAGCUAUAUUUAAUCCUCUAUUUUUUUUGUGUUGCUUGAGCUUGUUUGUAUUUUGAGUUUGUGAUAUACAGGGUUACAAGCAUGCAUAUAUAUGCAUGUACAUUAAAUGUGAAUAAGCCAUAAAUUUUUAUUUUCAAUCGUUUAUCAUCCUGAAUGGUAUAUAUAUAUAUAUAUAUUCAUUGUGUUACCGAAUGCAGUAAAUGUGCUCAAGGAUUUUCUUUUUUCUUUUCUUUUCUUUCUUUUUUUAAAUCCCUGCCUGUAGCCUUUUUCUAAAAAGGACCCCAGCAUUUAUUUAUGGGUCUUAUUUUUCUAGUUUUUUGCAAUCUGUCUUCGGAGCUGCGUGGGGAUGUCAACAAUAUGAAAGCUUAAUUGAAUGAGAUGUGAGUUAAGAAAUAGAUUAAAUAGCAGCAAAAUGAUGACUUUGCCCUUAUAAGAAUAAAAUGGUUAAAUAGA